GGCGGGAUCUCACAGUCCUUCACCAAAACAGCUGAAUGCGUGCAGCGACAAGAGCGAUAGGAGAUUGAUUAGCGCAAGAAAAGUCUCAAGAAAAAAACGAAUGGACCGAAAAAUAGGACUCUAAACUAACAGCAAAAGCAAAGCUGGGGCGUCAGUAGGCCCACAGUUAGAGGUUGCUGAUGAUGGAGGCCAACAGCGAGACCAAGAAGAUGAGCUCUUACCUCACUGGCACCCUAUCCUCUGAAACCCAGAAACUGACCCCACCCAAAGGCACAGGCUGCAGCUGGCUAGCAGUGGUAGCAGCUGUGGUGGCCUCUCUAAGUGGCCUGAUGUUGGGAUAUGAAAUGGGCCUGACCUCUGGAGUUCUGCUGCAGCUGCGUGGCCUCCUCGCCCUCUCCUGCUGGGAACAGGAACUGCUGGUCAGCUCUCACUUGCUCGGUGCUCUCCUCAUCUGCUUGGCCGGAGGUCCCAUUCUUGAUCAUUACGGCCGCCGGUGCUCCUUGGUCCUCAGUGCCGCACUAGUGGUCGGAGGCACCAUCGUCCUCAUCGCUGUCAACUCACUUGUUUCACUGACUAUGGGUCGAGUGAUAGUUGGUAUGGGAACAGCACUGUCUGGGACAGCAGCGUGCCUGUACAUUGCAGAGAUCUCACCGAGGGAGAGGCGGGGUCUGUUGGUGACACUGUAUGAGCUGAUGUUAGUUGUAGGUGUAAUGCUGGGAUUCAGCUGUAGUUACGCCUUUGCUACUCUGCCUCAUGGCUGGGUGUAUACGUUUGGACUAGUGAUUCCCCCGGCGCUGCUUCAAAUAGGUGCAUUCGUGUUCCUUCCACUCAGUCCACGCUUUCUGGUUGCUCAAGGUAAAGUGGAGCAGGCCAAGAUAGUGCUGGCCAGAUUAAGAGGUGGGGUUACGGAACAUGUGGAAGCGGAGCUCAGGGACAUCCAGGCUGGACUAAAAGAAGAGUCAGAGCAUAGUUUUUGGGAGUUGUUCAGUGCCAAGGCCAACCUGCGUUCAAGGUUGCUAACAGGUGUAACGUUGGUCUUCCUCCAGCAGGCUACUGGUCAGCCGAACAUCCUCUCCUACGCGUCACCACUUCUCCGCAGUGUAGGCUUCAACAGUGACGCAGCAGCAACCCUGGCCUCCACGUGGUUCGGAGUGGUAAAAGUAAUAGGCACCAUCCCAGCUGUGUUGCUGGUCGACCGUUUGGGACCUAAGAGCUUUUUGUGUGUGGGUGCUGUCACAAUGGGAAUGUCACUAGCGGUGCUCGGUACAUUGACACUGCAAAACCACACUCAGCUCACCAGCGUCUGUCAAAGUCAGACUACACUAAACUACACACACACGCCCUGGGAUUUAAAUAGAACCUCAACAGACUCGAACAGCAGUGACAUUUUCUCCGCUCGCCUCUCCAGCCAGUGGGACAGUGACAAGGCACAGAGGACUAACAGAGAGGAUGGUGAGACUGGGGUGUCGGAAGGAGGAAGGACUCAUGUAGAAGUGCCUUCCACACUGAAGUGGGCAUCACUGAUCAGCCUGCUGGUAUAUGUUGCAGCCUUCUCCAUUAGCCUUGGGCCAAUGGUGUAUGUGGUUAUCAGUGUGAUCUUUCCAAUGGGGGUCAGAGGCAGGGCUGUGUGUGUGGUGUCAGCUGUGAACUGGGCCACUAACCUGCUCAUCUCUGUGACCUUCCUCACAAUUACAGAAAAGAUUGGUGUUCCCAAUGUGAUGUUCCUCUACUCUGCCAUGAGCUUUGUUCUCCUGGUGUUUGUCUUCCUCUGUGUCCCUGAGACCAAAGGUCGCACGCUGGAGGAGAUAUCAAAAGAACUGGCUAAGAAAAACCAUUUUGAGGUGAGAUUCUGUAGGCAGGUUCGGCCUCAGGAGAGUCUGAUCAGCAGCAACAGCAGCAGCAGCAUAUCUACAAAGAUCCAAGCAAACUGACUCCUUUACCAGACCACAACUGUACACCUCAUCUGCAGAAGAUUAUAAAGAGAGAAAGAGUUAUUUAAUUCCUUUUCUUUUUACCUCUGUUUAAUUUAAGCAUGUGGUCGCAGUUCAGAAAAAGACAUUUUUCUACCUUUUCUCCGGGACUGAAAUCGACUCCCCUCCAGCCAGCAGAACUGAUAAAGCCUUUUAGUCAUAUGUAUGUUUACUUGAAAAUCUAACACUAAUCACCUCAAAUGGCAAUAUAGCUAACACAAUUUGGUUAUUUGCUGGAUUGCAAAUGAAUUCUUCAAACAAUCAAAUUUUAUUUGUAGAGUGCUACUUUUGUACAGGUGCAAUUCAAAGUGCUUUACAAAAUGACAAGCUGAUAAGACAGAACAUGUGAACAGAAAGCAUGACAUUGUUUAUGUGCUGCUCCCUGUUAUGUGUAAUGUAGUUGCACCAACAGUACAUAUUGUAAUGUACACGAUGACAGAAAUAUGCAAGAAGACCAUAGUAGUCUGAGGUAGAGCUCUGUCUCCCCUCAGGUACUCUAUAGCAGCGGUCCCCAACCUUUUUCGUACCACGGACCGGUUUCAUGCAUGAAAAUGUUUCCGUGGACCGGGUAGUGGCACGGGGGUUCCAAUAACAAAAACCUUUGUCAAUUCAUGUAAUCUGAAUGCAACAAUUACACUUUAUAUUAG